AUGAGCGACAGGCAAGUUUUAGCUGCCAUUGGCAUGAAAACUGGUGGAGACUGUCGAUACUUUGAGCUUGUCCACCUGACAUGCGGUGACUUGAGACGAAAGUGCUUUGCUUGUGUGGGGAAGCACUCCUUAUUUUUCCUCAGGCAAGAUCUCAAUGGCCCACUUCAUGAUGAUGCUGAUGUUUACUACAGCCUGAUUGCACGAAUUAUUCAGGACGAAAACUCGGAUCAACAUUGCUUGCUGACCAUGACGGAGGAACUUCCAAAUUGGAAUUCAGAUCGGCUUUUCAUCAAGGCCGAGAAUCGAAGCCUUUUCUUGCGACAUUUGCGAUGCAAUUGGCAGACUGACCACAUGUGGCGACUGGGUCGGGUGGUGGUCUUUCCACUGAGCAGCCACCCAAUAACAAAGGAGCGUAGUUUUGACAACUAUGUUUUGCCGUAUCAAGGUUAUCGCUGGACAAAAUUUCAAGGAUACCGUUUCAUGCUGCCAGAGCGUUUCUCAGACCAAGCCAAUUCGAUUCAAGAUUCAGAGACUGGUGAGUACGUGGACGAGCACGGUAUCAGCUUAGUGGUGCAUGUGCACGAAGCAUUCAGUUUAGAGCAGCUUGCGCAAAUCUACAGAGACAACAUCCGUUGGGUGGCUGCCGAUUACAAGACACAACUUUGCUCCGAAGAGAAGCAAUUCUAUGUCAUAAAGAAUUGCAGUCGUGACAAGCGCAUGAAUCUCGCUGCUGAUGUAGCUCAGUGGCAUCAGUGGGAGCUCAUCAUCCGAACAAGACAGGCAACGAUCCUUUGCUUGGUGAUGAGGCGACAGUACAUACCACCUGCCUGCUGCAAUGCCCAAGACAUUGCGGUGCUUUUGCGCUGUCCUGAAGAACAUUGGACAGAUAGAGAGACCAGUUUGCUACUGGAAGCAUACCUGAUAGCAGACUCCCUAUGUACGGACUCUCCUAACGUGUCUGUUUAUCGGGAUGUGGUGCAGGCGAAACUUGAUGCACUGAGAUUUGAUGAAGAGGGCACGGAGUGGAUAGCAACGCAUUUGAAGCUCAAGACAUGUUGGGAAGUUGAAGCGGUGCGGCUUGUGAAGAGUAUUUGGAAGCUGUACUGUGAUGACAAAGUCGAGGGAUAUGACCCAAAGGUUCUAGAGAUGUCCCCGCAGGAAGUGCUCAUGGAUUCAGGUAAUGCCGAAGAAUGGGCAGAGCUAGAGUGCAUUGACAACUUUCAGACUUUCUUCACCGACAUGUUGACUCGUGGGGAGGGCCUUCCGUUGAGUGGUACGCAAGCAGAUGCCCUGGAUGAGGACACCAAGCUGCGAAUUCAGCACAGCUGGCAUGCCAGGGUCGCGCGCUAUUUUGCCUGGGCAGUGGAUGGCGGACUUUUGGGAGCCAGGUUCAACUUGGAACUGAUGAUCGAAGGACUGUCCGCACUGACUGAGGAGCACUACAAAAAGGCUUAUGCCGCUUUUCUGUUUCUGCUGCAUUUGCGACCUCGAGACCUGACCAAGCCUUUUCACGAGGUGAGCCUGGCCCAGCAGAUGAAAGAUAAAAACCUCAGCCAGUGGAUGUUCAACGAUCGAGUGAUGUUGGCCGUUCUGAGCACGGACUUCCUGAAGAAACAAAUCGGGAAAGGAAGAGACGCGGACUUUUUCCGUUGCUUAGCCAACCUUUUGGAGGCUGGCUGUGGAGUAACCCUGAAAGCCUACAUUUGCAGACUCUUCAUGGAAAUGAGAGCGCAGCCAGAGGCAAAGGCUAAAGAUGAGGACGUGUCGGCUGAUCUCAUUGUCGUCCCUUCAAUGCUUUCCCUCUUGAAGUCUGGGGGGAACUUCCUGGCGGUGUAUGCUUCAGCAGCCUUGGUCAAUCUCAGCAGCGGCAACCAGGCCGUGAAGAUGAUUCUUAUGGGUCAAGGUAUGGCCAAGACGGCUGUGCGGAAUAUUCAAUCGAAGGAUGAUGACCUAAGUUACUACACGCUGAUGCUCAUGGUGAACCUCACCAAGGAGCCCCACAAUCGAAGUGUUAUUGCCAGUGCCGGUCUGAUUCCCUUGCUCUAUGAUAUUCUCACGUCAUCCUAUUCUCAAGUCCGACCUGCGAAAAAGCGGCAAACCAUGCAGAGUGCUGCGUUAGGCAGUAUUGCAAAGGAACGGUUGUUGACGCAAACAUGUAUAGUGGUUGGACAGUUCUGUAAUGAUGACCGCUUCCGUGAGCAAUUCAUCGACAUGUAUCCACACACUGUGAAGUGCCUCUUGUACAUCUUUACGACGGUCAGCUUCGGCUCGUUCUUGUCAUCCAAGACCAUGUUUGCACUCAAGCAGCUUUGUGCCAGCCGGAAUGACCAGAAGCAUCACAUCGGCACACAUGCUAUCCCACACUUGAUCGACAGCUUGUCAGACAAAGAAGCUGAAAAGCCAACGGAGUGCAUCUACCAAUCGCUGUUGCUCCUGAUUAUGCUAUCCGGCCUACAAACCAACACUGAGCUAAUGUACAGAGAGGGGCUAAUUCAAGUCUUAGAGGAGCUUGGCGAGCACUCUUCUGCCAAGCGCAGUGACGGCUUCCACAACCACGUUGGACAGCUCAUGCAAAGCAUGGGCGAGAUAGCUGCAGUUUGGCAUGCCUUACUCGCGGAUGCGACUGUUGUUUGGCAAUCUGCAUUGGAGAAGGUGCAACGCUGGGGCGCAGCAACUUUGGAAGAGCUUUUUCGAAGAACACCUGGACCUGGUCGCGCAGAUCAGGACACAGCUGCCUGGGCAAUGACUUUCCGCGAUGCUAUUUCAGCACUUGUUUCCGGCGCACAAGCAAGUCCAGCGGCAAUCGAUCUCCAGCGGCGCUGCUUCAGUGCUCUCAUUUGCUUGCUCACAACAGAUGAUGAAGACGAUGCCUUUGAUGGCAGCAUUCUUGCGAGCCAUAUGUUGGAGCAUGAGGUGAUGUCAUUGGUAGCAGGUGCGAUGCAGCUGCAUGCCUUGUCUCCGUCCUUGCUGGAGUGCGCUGUGUCCCUAAUCUCCAGCCUGGUGUUGGAAGGAGGCGACGUGGCUGCAGAUGAAGCAUUCCGAACUGGCUGUUUGAAGGCAACACUUUCCACUCUCGCGCGUACACUUGACAACUCUGAGAACGAUGAUCAAUGGCAGGGGUCUUGUCUCGUUGCGGAUGCGUCUUUACAGCAGACUUGCUUGCGAGCCCUUUGGUCUGUGUCAGAGUCUGGUGAGUUGGGAGUGACGGAGAUUGCAGCUGACACUGGGCUGGAGUCAGUCAUCUCCAUCCUUUCCCAAGACGGCACGGCAGAGGUGCACAAGUGGUGUGCUAGUGUGCUUCAGUCCAUGCUUGCGAAGGGAGGAAGCGAUGGACUUCUUGCUGAAUCUGUGAUGCUUUUGAACGGUUCAGAGGUGCUCGUUGCUUCGAUUGCACGCUAUGUUGAUCACCUCGAUGUGAUUGAACGAUGUGCAGCUGCUUUGGCCACUCUUGCGGCGUAUGGUCCUGAUGCAGCGGUUUCUGUAUUGGAAGCUGGAGGCCUUCGUGGCAAUGUGGAUCAAAAGAGGACAGCUGAGCGUGAUGCCGUGAGGCGGGGUGAUGUCCUGAGGAGAGGUAUGACAGAAGAUAGCCUUCAGGGCCUGGUCCUGGGUUCCAUAUCCUCUUCUGAAGAUCUUAAUGAUGCGAGCAGCUUGGAGAACAUUGAUCACAAUUUCACAAACGUGGAGAGUUCAGAGGAGGAUUCCGAUCCCGAAGAGAUUGUGAAGCAAGACUUGCUGAUCCACAAGUGGUGCCAGAAGCAGCUUGGAGAUCUUUUGAGUAAACUCUCAUUGGAGCCGGAAGCGGUGCCGUUUUUGGUUCCAGUUGACUGGGAGCGUCUUGGCUUAUACGACUACCCAGAAGUUGUGCAAGACCCAAUAGAUUUGCAUACAAUUAGCAAGCGGUUGGACGCUUCUUUUUAUCACGAUGCUGAUGAUCUCAUUGACCCAGACUUGAUCUUCAGGGACAUUGAGCAGUGUUGGGAGAACUGCCUUAUGUAUUUUGAACAUGACCUUGACGUGGAGGUUGUCCAGAUGGCUAUGAAGAUGUCAUCCGUGGCAAAACGGAUGGAAGAGAGGUUUUGGGCUGAUCUCUCAGCAUUCGAAGAAUCGCUGGAGAAGAGGCCCUUAGCCACUCAGGUGGCGCUUGCAGCCACUCGAAUGGGGGUUGCUGCAAAGAAAGUAGCCAAGAAGGGUCGCAAGACCGCUGUUUUUGCCAAUGACAUGGUGAAGUUUGCUGCAGAUUGGUGGCAAGGAAAACGAAAAGAAUCUCCAUUCUGGAAGGACGAGAAAGACAGCUUGAUUGGACUGAUGUGGCCGCCUCGCUUCAAACGAGCCAUCGCAGUGGUUCGCGAAACAGUUCGUAGAGUUCCCCUAUCCUUGUUGAGUUCGGAGAAGGCCGUGCAGUCUUUUUUGAAGCCACUGGCCGAAUCGAUUUUAAGGACGGUGUCAUCUUUGUCGAUGCCAUCUGGCGUUCAAGUCAUCCAUGACACCAUUGGGGAUAUCAAGGGCGAGUGGAUUCUGCCUGAUAGCUAUGAGCCACACUCACACGCUGAGAAGGUUCUUGUUUGGGCUCAUGGAGGCGGUUUUGUUCUGUGCUCCCCAGCCACGCACCGGUUUUUCCUUGCACGCAUCGUUGUGCAUACUGGUGUCCCCACCUUUUGUGUGGAUUUCCGCAAGCCACCACGCCACCCGUUUCCAGUUCCAAAGAACGACAUACUCGAAGUCUACAAAUCUAUCCAAAAGCAAGGCUUUGCUGAUGCCGUUUUCUUGGGUGGUGAUAGUGCCGGAGGGAAUUUGGUGCUUUCAGUCGCAAAGGAACUUGCCGAGUCAGAGUCCGACUCUGUCGAGACCCCACUUCCAGAAGGGCUGAUUCUUUUGUCACCGUGGGUGGAUUUGUCGGACACUACUGGUGACUCUUGGCACCAAUAUGCGGAUGUAGAUUACAUUCCUUCAAAGCAGGCCGAGGUCAUUGCAGGGAUUUACGCUCAAGGCGUUCCAUUGCGUGACGCUCGUGUCUCGCCAGGGCGAUGCAGAACUUGGCCAGUUGGCUUCCCACGAACUUUGCUGGACUAUGGAGGCUGCGAGGUCUUUCGCACACAGAUUGAGAGACUGGCGGAUAACAUGAUGCAUCACGGCGUGGAGCUGGAUGCCACCGUCGAGGACGGAAUGGUUCAUUGCUACCCACAGCUUGAGUACUUAUGGGGGCCAGAUCCGGAUGGUCCGUUUGAGGCGUACUUUGAGCGGGUGUCGACUUUUAUGGCAAUGAAGUAUUUUUAG